AUGGCUGCCGCCAUUACUGCCAACGCCGCUGCUAUCGGCUCGGGAACCCGCGGAAAGGUCAAGAAUGAAAGGGAAUACCCGCUCAUGUCACGACGCCAGAUCGAGGGACUAAUCGCCCAAGGGCGCGUCAUCACGAUCGUUGACCAAUUUGUUCUCAAGCUUGAUGGAUGGCUAGCCUACCACCCAGGCGGUGACAAGGCCAUACACCACAUGGUCGGUCGCGAUGCCACCGAUGAGGUCUCUGUACUGCAUUCCGCCGAAACAAAGGCACAGAUGAGCCGGUACCGAAUUGGGAGGAUCGAGGGAUAUUGGAGGAAUUUCGUGCCGCCUAUUCAGGGAGGCAAGUUUAGAACGGCAGAGGAAGGAGGCCCCGAGAUAAAUGAUGCAGAGGAGGAUGAUGCGUUGCGCUUCUUCGGGCCUCCUUCGCUCAGCGAUGUCAGUUCUCGCGAAGCUUCCCCUGUCUUCGAUAACAACGAGAGCAGUAUCCGGCGUCGGCAUGGUGCGGCCCAAAGCCCAAGCUUGGCCUCAAUUUCUUCAGCGACAACGGACUGUGCAGACAACGAAGAGAUGGAUGGCACCACCUUUCUGGAUUCGGAAACACGGAAAAAAAUCCGUCUUGAUCUCGAUAAGUAUCCUUCCCUCGACGAUACUACUCAGGCCGAGAUCGUGCGCAAAUACAGGCUGCUUGACGAGCGUAUCAAAGCCGAGGGCCUCUACGACUGCAACUACAGCGCAUACGGCAUUGAGUUGAUACGAUACACGAUUCUGUUUCUCGGCAUGCUCACUUUUCUACGCUGGGGCUGGUAUGUCCCAAGCGCUGUCUGUUUGGGAUGCCUUUGGCAUCAGUUGGUCUUUACCGUCCAUGACGCGGGGCAUAUGGGCAUUACACACAAGUUUCAUAUCGAUACGUGUAUUGGAAUCUUUAUUGCUGAUUUCAUAGGCGGGCUCUCUGUCUGUUGGUGGAAAAGGAACCAUAACGUCCACCAUAUUGUCACCAACUCGCCGGAACACGAUCCAGAUAUUGAGCAUCUGCCCUUCUUCGCUGUUUCUCAUCGCUUUCUCGGCAGCCUCACCUCGUCUUACUACGAGCGCAUCAUGGCAUAUGACGCUGCAGCCAAAUUCUUCCUGUCAUUGCAAUCCUAUCUAUACUAUCCGAUCCUGUGUUUUGGCCGCUUCAACUUGUAUAGACUUUCUUGGGACCAUAUCAUCUUCAGGCGCGGCCCUAAAAAGGGUAUUGCCUGGUGGCAUCACUGGCUUGAAGUCGUCGGACAGGUUUUCUUCUGGUUCUGGUUCGGCUACGGUAUCUUGUACAGGUCUAUCCCUAACAACUGGGAUCGAUUCGUCUUUGUCAUCGUAAGCCAUGUCCUGCAGUCACCCUUACAUUGCCAGAUCACCCUGUCCCAUUUUGCUAUGAGCACAGCCGAUCUGGGCCCUCACGAGUCGUUCCCUCAGAAGAUGCUGCGGACGACUAUGGAUAUUGACUGUCCCACCUGGCUCGAUUUCUUCCAUGGUGGGCUGCAGUUCCAGGUCAUCCAUCACAUGUACCCGCGUAUUCCACGUCACAACCUCCGCAAGACGCAGAAGCUGGUCCAAGACUUUUGUAACGACGUGGGCAUUCCUUAUGCUCUGUACGGCUUCGUUGAGGGCAACAAGGAUGUUAUCAGCCGGUUAACUGAGGUGUCUCGACAAGCUACCAUCCUGUCUCAAUGUCAAAAAGCUGCGAUCAAGAGUGGUGAUAUCCUUCACGGGCAUCAUUGA